UCAAAUCACUAGGAAGUGACAUUCGGCUGAGGCUCGCUCAUGUGCAUGUGUGGACUGACACGUUGGUUUGUAACGGUUUUAUAAUUUCAUAAUAAUUUUUGAUCAUAUCACGCAUGUGGGAAUUGAAAUAAACAAAACGUUUUGGGCUCUAUUACAUUAGAAAUCCACCAGACACCAUGCAUGUUCUUGCGAAACUAGAGUUAGUCCCUAUCAAGGUCAAGAGUUGCUUGAAGUAAGACCUUUAAACUGCGGAUGAAAGGCACAGUAAAUCGCUUAAAUGGCCGGUUUAAUUAAUUUUGAGGACGAAAAGGAGGUCAAGCAGUUUUUGGAUAAUUUGGGAGUGGAGUACAGUUAUCAGUGUUACCGGGAGAAAGACCCUGAAGGUUGUCAGAGAUUAGCAGAUUAUCUAGAGGGUGUUAAAAAGAACUAUGAGUCCACCGCCCAGGUCCUCAAGCAUAACUGCGAGAUGAAUGGACAUGGAGAGAGCUGCUAUAAACUUGGGGCUUACCAUGUCACCGGCAAAGGCGGUGUGGCAGAGUGUUUAAAGACGGCAUACUCGUGUUUCACGAAAGCGUGCAACACCAAUGGUAAGAAGUCGGUGGAUGCCUGCCACAAUGUAGCUCUGCUCGCCCAUGAUGGGAGAGCCAUGGAAGGGGGCACAGAUGCACUGACUGCUCGUCGGUAUUAUGAAAAGGCAUGUGAUGGAGGUUUUGCACCAAGCUGUUUCAACCUGAGUGCACUAUUAAUCCAGGGAUCUCAGGGGGUAGACAAAAACAUGUCAUUGGCCUUAAAGUACGCUCUACGGUCCUGUGAGUUGGGCCACGUUUGGGGCUGCUCCAAUGCCAGCCGCAUGUACAAACUGGGUGAUGGGACAGAGAAGGACGAUCAGAAAGCAGAGGAACUUAAGAACAGGGCUAAAGAACUCCAUGGACAGCAGAAGGAAAGGCAGCUGAAAUUUGGGGAGUGAGACAACCAUUCAAUGUCGACUGAAUAAAGGACACCUGAUUUUUGCAUCAGCAAAUAUGGAUCAAGAGCCGUGUAUUGGUUCCGGAUGAAACAGUGAUUGUGCCAUCACACUGUUAAGUUCUUUCUUCAAAUGUAUUUUUAGCUGAUAUAAAUCAGAUUCUUUGAUACCGUUUUGUCAGAACUGUGAUUCUUUUCUGAGAAAGAAAUGUACCAUAAUUAUCUGGUUGUCCAGAGCAUAUGGAGCCUGCUGUUGAAACGUGAAAACAGAAACAGUUGCCACCACAUUUUAGAAGUGGCAGAGAGUGUGUUACAGUUGGUAUAAAGAUAUCAGUGGUGGUUAAUAUAAUGAUACCGAGACAUGAUGCCUCCUGUUAAUUUAGCCAGUGGUUGGCUGCAUAAACUGUUGAAACUAGUUAGUCAAUAAUUUUUUUUCUUCAAUUCUGGUCAUAACUGUUUUAAAUAGGGUAGCUGGUGUAAUUGUAAUCGUUAGUUGUCGGACGGUUUUAACGGCUAAUGGGCACAAGAGGGCAGCAUAUCCACACUAAAGUGAAUAUAAUACAAGUAUACUUGGGAGUAACCUGGAACUGGUGGUCUCUUUUACUCUGGUCAAUAGACGGAACUGUACUACAUAUUACAAAAGUCUAGUGGUUAGAAAAAAGGUGUUAAGAAAAAGUAAUCUCAACAGUUUUGUUGGUCACAGCAGUUGUGCCCUUACAAAAAUUAAUCAUGCUUUUAUUGUAGUAAAAGUGUAGUAAUCGUGUUUUUUGUUGUUGAUUACGACUUAUAUUAACCAUGGUUGAUUUUCCUAAAGGUGUAGCUUUUCUUAAUUAUUGUCUCUCAUUUCGUUUAAAAAAAUAAUGAAAAAUAAAGAUUUUUGAAAUGCU